AUGGAGUCGACACUGCGAGUAGAAGAUGUGAAAAAAAUGAAGGUUUCAGACUUAAAACGAGAAUUAAAGGUGCGCAGUUUAUCCACAACAGGGAGUAAAGAGAAGCUCAUCGCCCGUUUGGAAGAGGAAAUCGAAACUGAAAAUGUGGCCUUGGACGAUGACAACGUUGAAGAGAGUGGCAAUGUAGAAGAUCUUGGUGAAGAUGAUGAUCUUCUAGCCGGUAGUACUGCCAAUACUAAUGACCUGAAAGACAAUGACAAUAAUAAAGCAGAAAUCAAGGUUGACGAUGAAGAAGUAAAAAAUGUGAGCGGUUCUGCUGACAACUCUGAGGAAAAAAAUGUGACAACGAAGCCGAUAUCGGAAGCAGAGCGCAAAGCUGCAAGGGCUGCUAGGUUUAAUAUCCCAACCUCACCUGAAGAGGCAGCGAAAAAGGAAGCCAGAGCAAAACGGUUUGGAAUAGAAGGUACAGAAUCAUCAACUACUUCCACUAUAAUACUUAAUCCUGAAGAGCAUUUGGAUAAAUUAAAGAAGCGAGGUGAACGUUUCGGAGUUUCGGUGUCCCCAACAAUGCAAAAAGUAGAUCGGCUACUAAAAAGGAAGGAGAAAUUUGGUGCAGCUUCUGUAGCUGGCGGUGAUUUAGAGUCUCGAAAAAAGAUGCGAGCAGAACGCUUUGGAGUGCAAUAA